UGGGCUGAGCAACGAGCAGCACGUCUUGGAAGAAGAGUUGCAGGAUACAGAAUACCGCUAACUUCUAAGAUCAACCCACCAAGACACCAAGAGCAAGGGACUUUCGUUACCCAAUCGUUCGGGAACCUCUUCCCGUUUCCCAUCAACGAUGUAAAGGAGUUGGUGGUGGUGGAUAUUGUUUUAACUCCUGUAAUCCUUCAAACUGGACCGCUAACGUUAGUCAAUGAUCGGUUAGUUUGUGUUAUUUGGCCGACGAGUGCCGCGCUACGAUGUUACGAGUUCAACGGUAUAAAGGAAGAAAAGAUAUGAAAACUCGGAUGUAUUGAUAUAUAUCUGAAUGGGACCUAUUACUGUUAUUUGAAGUACAUCGCUUUGGAUACCAAUACGUGUGGAGUACAUUUUCACGGCGGAAAUAACCGCAUCUAGUUAUCCGGCCAAAAAAAAUGUCGUUUUUCAAUUUUCGGAAGAUCUUUAAAUUGGGGCCGGACAAAAAGAAGAAGCAGUAUGAACAUGUGCACAGAGACGAAGACCCGGAGGAGAUCUGGGAGAUCAUCGGGGAACUGGGAGAUGGGGCGUUUGGGAAAGUGUUCAAGGCCCAGAACAAGCUGAACGGGACCCUGGCAGCAGCCAAGGUGAUCGACACCAAAUCAGAAGAGGAGUUGGAAGAUUACAUGGUGGAGAUCGACAUCCUGGCCUCCUGCGACCACCACUACAUCGUUAAACUGCUGGACGCCUUCUUCUUUGAAGGGAAGCUAUGGAUUCUGAUCGAGUUCUGUGCGGGCGGUGCAGUGGAUGCCAUUAUGCUCGAGCUGGAGAGGCCCCUGACGGAGCCCCAGAUCCGGGUGGUGUGCCGGCAGACACUGGAGGCCCUGGCUUACCUCCACGACAACAAGGUCAUCCACCGGGACCUGAAGGCCGGCAACAUCCUCCUCUCCGCCUCCGGCGAUGUGAAACUGGCUGACUUCGGAGUUUCGGCUAAAAAUACCAAGACGUUGCAGAGGAGAGAUUCAUUCAUCGGGACGCCCUAUUGGAUGGCCCCCGAGGUGGUGAUGUGCGAGACCUCCAAGGACCGGCCCUACGACUUCAAGGCCGACAUCUGGUCCCUGGGGGUGACGCUGAUAGAGCUGGCGCAGAUCGAGCCCCCCAACCACGAGAUGAACCCCAUGAGGGUCCUGCUGAAGAUAGCCAAGUCGGAGCCCCCGACCCUCAUGCAGCCCUCUCGAUGGUCUCCAGAGUUCCGUGACUUUCUGAGGAAGGCGUUGGAUAAGAAUGUUGACCAAAGGUGGGGCACAGCCCAGCUGCUGCAGCACCCUUUCGUGUCCAGCGUAGCGGAAAACCGGCCUUUAAGAGAGCUCGUUGCCGAGGCCAAAGCUGAAGUCUACGAGGAGAUUGAGGAGGCGAAAGAAGAGGAGGAUGAAGAGGAGGCAGAGGUCCCUCCACAGGACGCUGGGCACAAGCGGCUGCCGUCGGACGUCAGCGCCGCCAGCUCGGAGGACGAGAAGGUUCCUCCGCCGGCCGCCUCCGUACUGGAGCCCGUGGCCGAGAGGGCCGAGGCCCCGCCCUCCGCCGUCGCCGCGGACGACCACGACGACGACGGCGGCAGCGGGAAGCUCUCCGACGAGGGGCUGGGCACCAGCAAGUUCGACAAGGACGAGGAGGAGGAGCAGAAACCCCCCGAGGCGUCGGACGCGAGCCGGGGAGACGACCCCGUCGAGAAGGUCCCGGUCUCAACGGAGCUCCCGGAGGCCGGGUCAGACCAGGGCGCUGUGACCCUACCCCAAGAGGCGUCGGACACAACAACAUCAACAACAGAAGACGAAGGACAGGAACCGGUGACUGUGAGCCAAGAAACCGGGGAGGAAGAGAGGGAGCCACAAGAGAAGGAGGCCGAGGGGCAGCCGCCUCCAGAACCAAUCAGCGAAGCGACCAGCGAGGUAAAAGAACAAGACGGAGUACCAAAUGCUGGCCCUCUGCCUGCAGUAACCACAGAGUCUGCAGGGAAACCAGAACAACCAGCUCUUGUGUUAGAGGAAGAGAACAAAAGCCCUGCAGAGGAAGUGCUGCGACAGGAAGCAGAAGAGGAGAGAAAACCGCACCGAGCCGACGAGGGCGACAAACAGGAAAACGAAGAACCAAACCGAGAGUCGAGCGUUAUCGGCGAGGACGGAAACGGCGCCGCCGCCGAAGCGAAGCUCAGCACGGACGAGGUUGUGUCUGUUGAGGCAGCAGAGGAGACUCAGACCAAAGAGGAGAACGCACCGGAAGCAGAAGAGUCUAAAAGCCAAAUCAAUGAAGAAGCCAAAUCCACCCCGAACGGCCCCGAGCCUUCAUACGCCUCGAUGCCGGUACCGGCCGUCCUGGGCGGGGAAGGGACGGCGGCGUCCACCAACGAAGAAGAAAGAGGAGGAGAAGGCGUCGUCUCCGUACCGGAGAGCGAGGCCGAGUCGGACAGCAAGCGGUCGGAGCAGGGCAGCCCGUCGAUCCGGACGGACGCGGGGAAGGACUCUGACUCUGGGAGUAGCUCGGCGGCGGACAGCAGCAGCAUGGACAUCAACCUGUCCAUCUCCAGCUUCCUGUCCAAGAGCAAAGAGGGAGGCUCCAUCUCUAUACAGGACUCGAAGCGGCAGAACAAGACGAUGAAGAAGACGCGUAGGUUCAUGGUGGACGGCGUGGAGGUGAGCGUGACCACGUCCAAGAUCGUCACGGACAACGACGCCAAGAGCGAGGAGAUGAGGUUCCUCAGGCGCCAGGAGCUGCGGGAGCUGCGGCUGCUGCAGAAGGAGGAGAAGCGGGCCCAGCUGCAGCUCACCAACAAGCUGCAGCAGCAGAGGGAGCAGAUCCACCGCCGCUUCGAGCAGGAGACCACCGGUAAGAAGCGGCAGUACGACCAGGAGCUGGAGAACCUGGAGAGGAAGCAGAAGCAGACGAUCGAGCGGCUGGAGCAGGACCACACCAACCGGCUCCGGGACGAGGCCCGGCGCAUCAAGGCCGACCAGGACAAGGAGCUGUCCAAGUUCCAGAACAUGAUGAAGAACCGCAAGAAGGAGGUGAAGCAGGAAGUGGGCCAGUCGCCCAAACACUUGAGAAAAGAGCUUAUGAGACGCUUAAAGGAGGACCUGUCGCUGGUUAAAAGCGCAGAGGAGCAGGAGUUCCUCCAGAAGCAGCAGCAGGAGUUGGACGGAGCGCUGAAGAAGAUCAUCCAGCAGCACAAGAUGGAGAUCGCCACCAUCGAGCGAGACUGCCUCAACCACAAGCAGCAGCUCAUGAGAGCUCGGGAGGCGGCCAUGUGGGAGCUGGAAGAGCGGCAACUCCAGGAGAAACACCAGCAGCUCAAGCAGCAGCUGAAGGACCAGUACUUCAUGCAGAGACACCAGCUGCUGAGGCGACACGAGAAGGAGAUGGAGCAGAUGCUUCGCUACAACCAGCGGCUGAUCGAGGAGAUGAAGAACCGGCAGACGCAGGAGCGCGGCCGCCUGCCCAAGAUCCAGCGCAGCGAAGCCAAGACGCGCAUGGCCAUGUUCAAGAAGAGCCUGCGCAUCACGGCCAGCGCCGGGCCCCCGGAGCAGGAGCGAGAGCGCAUCAAACAGUUCGCGGCUCAGGAGGAGAAGAGGCAGAAGAGCGAGAAGAUGAACCAGCACCAGAAACACGAGAACCAGAUGAGGGACCUCCAGUUGCAGUGUGACUGCAACAUCAGGGAGCUGCAGCAGCUACAGAACGAGAAGUGUCACCUGCUGAUCGAGCACGAGACCCAGAAGCUGAAGGAGCUGGACGAGGAGCACGUCCAGGAGAUCAGGGAGUGGCGGGAGAGGCUGAGGCCCAGGAAGAAGGCACUGGAAGAGGAGUUCACCCGCAAGCUGCAAGAGCAGGAGGUGUUCUUCAGGAUGAGUGGAGAGUCUGAAUGCCUUAACCCCACCACCCAGAGCCGGGUUUCCAAGUUCUACCCCAUCCCCAACAUGCAUAACUCUGGCUCAUAGUCCACGAGACAAACGGCAUGUCUAGCUACUCAACCACUGUGGCUGUGCUCACAGGCUCCUUCUAGUGGCGCCGGACCCCAUUUUAUUAUUUUCUGACCGUUACUGAUGAAAUGGCAUGUGAUUACUACACUGCACUCUUUCAUUUUUUUCCUCCACCAUUUGCAAUUGUGACAUGCCUGACCACACAGACUUUCACACACAUACACACGUAUAAACACACACACACAUUACAACACACACGUGCACAUAUACAAUCACACGCACACACAUUGUGCCACUGGUUUCCUGGCAUUGGGAAAUGUUGUACAAAGGACAAUCCUUGCUUUCUGAUAGUUUGAUGGCAGAAGGCAAAUCGCAUUGUUCUAAUGAUUUGUAAGCACAGCCUCUUAUUGUAUUGAUAAUCUUCAGUGCCUGAUAAGUUACAACUAUUAUUUAGGUUUUGUUUAGGCUCUUCCAAGGUUACAUGCUGAAUGUCUGGCAGGUCUUGCAAUGCCUACCGUGUAUGUAAAUGUUGAUAUACAACAAACAUCUCCAUAUGUAGGGAUAAUGUAUCAUGCCUUAUUCCAACCGUAUGUGGCCUAGGAAAGGGAAGCUUGGGCACCCACGACCCAACCCCGGAUAAGCGGUUUGAAGAUGAGGAUGAGGCCUUAUUCCAACCGUAUGUUUCUUUCAAUCUGGGAAUCCACUGUUCUGGUGUUGGGGGGGGGGCAGGGGCGAAUCCACUAGUGAAGCAGAGUAAGUGAUAAUCAAGACUUUUUAUUUUUUAACAUCCUAUUUAUUUGGUGUGCUGCGUUUAGGUAAUAUGUUGGUUGCUAAUUGGUCUUGGAAGGGGAGGCCCGUUGAUAUUGUCUUGGGAAAGGCUUACCAGAGUUCUGUGUUAUGUGGGAUGUAGUGUGUGCUCUGACGUUGUCUGAUGUGUGUAUGUGGAGUCCAGUGUGGUGCUGUGGUAAUGUGCGUACAUUGAGGAAAAUUCCACCCACAACCCCCCCAGUAAUGAUGUUUCGCUAUGUUAAAGCGAGGGUAGGCAAUUGUGUUUUUGAGCAUAGUUCACAUCUCUACAUCCCGCCAGCAUUCAAUAAAUCAAAUGCUCUGACAAAAAAAAUUAAAAGAUAUGAUAUCUGUGAUUGUCACAGGACUAUAAUACUUGCAUUUGGCCGGAAUGAAAUGAUUGGAUGGCCGACCUGUCUGUCUACUUACCUUCCCGGCUACGGGCUCUCUGUGCAUGAUAGACAGACCUAUCGCUAAAGCUAGCAUGUCUUGUGUGUUGUGAGUGGCUUUGAAGGGAGGGGUCUUUUUUUGUUGGAUACUUUCAAAAUCUAGCUUACGCUGGCUGUUUUCUCCAAAUUGCCUGCCCUAUCUUUAAAUAGGGGCUUUGUUUUACCAAAAAGGCCAAUUUAAUGCAUACUUAAUUUUUGCUAACCCACAUAUUGCAUAUCAUAAUCACCAUAUUUGUAUUCUGGAGUUAUCAGGAACAAGUUCGACAUUCUUGCAAAGUUCUGUACUUUGAGAUUGUUUCACAUUUGGGGUGCAAAACAACCUUAUACUGAAGGAAUGUAAAGCUGUUUAUUUGCACUGUUGACUAGCCUUGAGCUAAAAGAAUAUGCAAUGCUGUCGUAUGUACGCAGUAUAUAUAUAUAUAUAAUUUUAUUUUUUGGACGCUAACUGCCCAAAAAGCUUUGCCCUUCUCCCCCCCCCCCCCCCCCCCUUCCGAAGCCAUUUCUAGUUCCAAACCUCAUCCAGCCGUCCCUGUGUACUGCGUUUUGUGAAGCUGGCAAUGUCAACGUCAGCAUUAUGUUGUCUCUGUACCUUCUGUGUAUGUGUGUAUCAGGUCCAGAGCGUGUGUCAACUCUGUAAUUUUUAAGUGACCACUAAAUGCCUCCAAACAAAGAUCCCGGCAGAAAUGUUAUCAUAGUUUUAUUUUAUUUUUGUUUUAUACACAGUGCACACCUUAAGUAUGCCAGGCUCUUAAGAAUACUGAAAACGACUGCUAAAAUGCCGUUUGUUUUAUUGGUUUAUUCGAAAUGUUUUUUGAAUGCUGGACUUUUAUUGUGAAACACUCCAUCGCCUUCAUAUAUUUCAGAAGCAAAUCUUUUAUUUUAUUAUGUGUGUGGAACCGUUUUGAUGAUUUGAUGGUGUUCCUUCCUACCGCUGAAUAAUCGGAAUGCUUUUUUUGAAGGUCUGAUCAAAUGUAUUUAAGGGGUCUUUAUAAAUGGACAUUUUGUUGUAAAUAAAAUAUCGACCGGA